CCCCACUUGAGAGCUCUCUCGUGUUAAGGUGGUGAACUGAUGAACCACCAUAGUCAUAGAUAAGGUUUUUUUUUUUAAUUCUUCUGAUUCUCUAAACCAAAAAGAUUCUCUCUGGAUUUUUUCUUUUCUCCCUGAGGUUGAAAACAAUCUAAGUGGCGAUGAAGCCAUAAGGGAAUAAAAAAUAAUCCAGAGACGAUUCGAAUUCAUUUGAUUAUUUUUUUUUCCGGAGGCCUGCAUGAGCUUGUAGAAGCCGAAGAUAACUAACUACGACGCAGUUUCUAGAAAUGGUUGUUUCUAUGGCUCUGCUCAGACAAUCUCCGUCUUUCGAACUCCUGUUUCACUGUCCUGUCCAGAGAACCCGAUUUUUACCGCCGGCGGUUUUGUCUGGAGUUCGCAAUCGCUUCCCUUCUUGCAGAUGGUUAACUCUCACCUCAUCUUCUUCUCGCAGGUUAAACAGCUUUACUUCAAGGUGUUCGAUCACAAACACUGAUGUGUGUCACGAGUUUGUCACCACUACUGAUGAAGAGGACUUGCCAUCACCACCAGAGGAUAUUCAUCCAAUCCCAAUCGUUCAUCUUGAUACUACCAAUAUCGCUGUAACCGAGUCUCUCAGCUUACUCACCGAGUGUACUUACGUAGACACCGUCUUAACAGCACUCCCCGUCUUGUCUGAGGAAGAGCAGACUGCACUUGCAGCCACUCCUGCUCACCCUGAAGGGUUAUAUGUCUUAUACGCGAGCUGUUUGGUCGGGAACUUGGUUGAACAACUAUGGAAUUUCGCCUGGCCCUCCGCCAUUGCAAUGCUCCACCCGAGCUUACUACCUGUGGCAGUCAUGGGGUUCGUCACCAAACUGGCGAUAAUUAUCUGUGGUCCGGUCGUUGGGAAGUUCAUGGAUCAUAGUCCCAGAGUUCCUACGUAUAUCUCCUUGAACGUCGUUCAGGCAGCAGCUCAAGUGCUGUCUGCAGGAAUGAUAAUGCACGCUUACACGGUUCCUUCCACACUGGGGUCAUCGAUUCUUCUGCAGCCUUGGUUUUUUGCGCUGAUAUUCGCAGGGGCCAUUGACACGUUAUGUGGAAUAGCUUCUGGAGUCGCCAUAGAACGUGAUUGGGUUGUAUUGUUGGCGGGAAUAAACAGACCAAUUGCUCUUGCACAAGCAAAUGCUGUCCUCAACAGGAUUGAUCUGCUUUGCGAGAUCGCUGGGACUAUGUUAUUUGGCGUCCUCCUAUCCAGAUAUGACCCUGUGACCUGCUUAAAGUUCGCUGCCACACUAAUGAUUGGUUCUUUGCCAACCAUGACAGCUCUCAUAUGGCUGACCAACAAGUUCUCCUCUGGAGUUCUGGACCGUCCUAAAUGCUCUCAGAGCAGCUCUGCUCCCGAAGGACCUCGUUCUGAAACCGACAGUAUAUUUGAUUUGGGCAUGGAAGCUAUCAAGCUUGGAUGGAAAGAAUACAUUCAGCAGCCGGUUCUUCCCGCUAGCCUUGCAUAUGUCCUUCUCUGCUUCAACAUCGUCCUCACCCCAGGCAGUUUGAUGACCGCAUUUCUAACACAACGAUGUGUGAAUCCAUCAGUUAUUGGGGGUUUUAGUGGACUAUGCGCUGUGAUGGGAGUCGCUGCAACUUUCUUAUCAGCAAACUUGGUUAAAAGAUUUGGCAUUCUAAAGGCGGGUGCAGUAGGAUUGUUUUUCCAAGCUUCACUCCUCGGUGUAGCUGUUGCUGUGUACUGGAGCUCUUCUCUAUCCCAAAAGAGCCCACUCUUCUUCUUCUUGUCCAUGAUCGUACUAUCAAGGCUAGGCCACAUGUCUUACGGCGUUGUGGGUGCUCAGAUUCUUCAAACCGGCAUCCCAUCGUCCAAAGCUAACCUCAUCGGUGCAACUGAGAUAUCAGUGGCUAGCCUAGCUGAGUCACUGAUGCUCGGAGUAGCCAUUGCUGCCAAUGACGCUUCUCAUUUCGGGUUUCUUGCGGUUCUGUCUCUUUUAUCAGUUGUUGCGGCCUCUUUGAUAUUCUGUAGGUUGCUGAGGAAUCCUACUGAUGAACAAAGACGGCUCUUCUCCUUUGAUCCUCUUGCGAUUUGAAAAUUAUACAUUGAAAUGUUUUGUAUAGUUAGCUUCACUAUCAUUGUAUAAAUUCUUCAUUUUAUUUUGAAAUUGGAAGAAAAUAUGAGUUAUAUAAUCUCAAUUUGAAGUU